AUGACACGACCCAUCACCCUCUUCACCGGACAAUGGGCCGACAUGCCCCUCGCCGUCCUCGCCGAAAAAGCCGCAUCAUGGGGAUACACCGGCCUCGAACUCGCCUGCUGGGGUGACCACUUCGACAUCAAUCGCGCACUCUCCGAAGACUCCUACUGCCAAUUCCAACUCGACACCCUCGCAACCCACGGCCUCUCCUGCCACGCCAUCUCCAACCACCUCGUCGGACAAGCCGUCUCCGACCCCAUCGACUCACGACACCAAUCAAUCCUCCCCGAUCACAUCUGGGGAGACGGCGACCCCGCCGGCGUCCAACAACGCGCCGCCCAAAACAUGAUCGACGCCGCCCAAGCCGCCAGCAAACUCGGAGUCUCCGUCGUCAACGGCUUCACCGGAUCUCCCAUCUGGCACAAACUCUACUUCUUCCCACCAACCUCCGACCAAGACAUUAACGAGGGAUACCAACACUUCGCCUCCCAGUGGACACCCAUCCUCGACGCCUUCACCAAGCACAACAUCAAGUUCGCCCUCGAAGUCCACCCAACCGAGAUCGCCUACGACAUCAUCACCUUCCGCCGCGCGCUCAAAGCAGUGGGGGACCACCCCGCCUUCGGGAUCAACUUCGACCCCUCACAUCUGAUCUGGCAAGGACUCGAUCCCGUCCAGCUCAUCAACCACUUCCCCGACCGCAUCUUCCACGUCCACAUCAAAGACGCCGCCACCACCCUCGACGGCUCAAACUCCAUCCUCUCAAGCCACCUCUCCUUCGGACACCACCAACGAGGCUGGGACUUCCGCUCACCAGGACGAGGCGAUGUCGACUUCGAAUCCAUCAUCCGCGCCCUCAACCGCAUCAACUACCAGGGACCACUCAGCGUCGAAUGGGAAGACAGCGCCAUGGACCGCGAGCACGGCGCCGCUGAAGCCGCUGAGUUCGUCGCCAACCUCGACUUCCCAUCCAACAACCGAGGCGCCGGCGCCUUCAUCGGAGAAGUCCACCGCAAAGCCAUCGCCCUCGACAACACCGCGACCCUCGUCGCCGGCGCACUGUCCUCAACGCCUGAACGCUCCAAAGAAAGCGCCAGACAACUCGGUCUGUCCGAUGACCGAUCCUACGGUAGCUACCUAGAACUCCUCGAAAAUGAAUCCGCGCGCGACGACCGAGUGGAUUUCAUCGUCAUCGUCACGCCCAACGACACGCACUACCCCAUCGCCAAAGCCGCGCUUGAAGCAGGAUUCCACGUCGUCCUCGACAAACCCGCGACCCACACCGCUGAGCAAGCCGAAGAACUCCUGCAACUCGCUCGCUCCAGAUCCCUCCUCUGCUGCGUCACCUACAACUACACCGGAUACCCGAUGGUCCGCCAAGCCCGAGCCCUCAUCGAUUCAGGUGACCUCGGCCCUCUCCGCAAAGCAUUCGUCGAAUACCACCAAGGCUGGCUCGCAACCGACCUCGAAUCCUCCGGCCAGAAACAAGCAUCCUGGCGCGUCGACCCAACCAGAGCCGGACUCGCCGGAGCCCUCGGAGACAUCGGCACCCACGCCGAGAACCUCCUCGCGUUCAUCACCAAUCAAGAACCGCAAUCUGUGUACGCAACGCUCAAAGCCUUCGUCCCCAACCGCGCCCUCGACGACGACGCGAGCGUGAUGAUCAACUACGAAUCCGGCGCCCACGCCGUGCUCACCGCAUCACAGAUCUGCAUCGGAAAAUCCAACGCCCUGACCAUCCGAGUCCACGGCGAGCUCGGCUCAAUCGAAUGGAAUCAGGCGGCCCAGACCUCCACCAAGACGCCGAGCUCUCAUCACGCAUCCCCGCCGGACACCCCGAGGGAUACCUCGAAGCCUUCGCCAACAUCUACCGCGGAGUCGCCGACCACAUACACGCGCUGCACAACGACACUGAGCCAUCACGCCUCGCCCAACUCAUCCCAACCUUGA